AUCGUAGCGUGGGCUGUAAGUGCAGACAAUGCCUUCCAUGAUCCUGUAAUCAAUAGUAUGAGAAGAGUAGACGCACUCACAAAUCCUCACGAAGAAGACAUUUUCCAAGUCUUAGAAAAUCGUAAUGAUUUGGAAUAUGUUCAGCAUCGGUCAUCGCCCAGUCAGGAACUGGACCAAAGGGACCUCUCGCGUGUGGAUGAUCUGCAACAUAUCCAGCAUCAAGAUAAUUUUGGAAAUCAGGAUAUGCAACAACAAAACAGUUUCGAUGAUGCUUCCCAAAAAGAUCCUCUGUAUAUAGUCCAUUUUGUGCCAUCGCCUAAGCCUAAAGUGGAUUCCAGUACUUCCAGCCCUGAUCAAGUAUCAACUGUAUCGAAUGACGUUUUGCAAAAGAUUCUCUCAGCAAGUAAAGGAGCUAAGCCAGGAACGCCACAGUUUGUUGUCUUUGCUCCCGUUCCAGGAGAGGAUGAUCCCAAAAAUCAACAGAAUAAUAUGGGUAUUCCAGGAAUAGACUUCUUUUCCAAAGCUCCACCGCGCAAUGGAGAACUGGAUUACGAAUAUGAAGAAGAAUUAAGAAAAUAUCAAGAACUUUUAAACUCCAGAGAUGAUCCAAACCUCAAAGAAACAUCUAGAGUUGGGGGAGGAAGUGAAAAAUCUCAAACACAGGUUCAUAAAGAGUCCGUCAAAGUAGAGGCACAGAAUUUCUCCGCUGGAAAAGCCUAUCAAUCUCAUCAACAAUUAAGAUCUCCUAACGCUGAUAUAGGUCUACUGGCCAAUGAGUUCACUCAACAACCAUAUCAACACCCUACUCCGCAGGAAGCUCUAAAUUACCAAAAUAUUGCUCCUGUCCAUAGCAGUUCUCAACUAAACUAUCCGCAACCAAAUUAUGAAGCAUCCCAACAACCAUAUUAUCCAAACCCACACCAACAAGCUGCCAAUUAUCCAAUACAGCAAAUACAACCAUCUGUAAAUCAGCCUCCUGCCGUUGCCAGGUCAGGACAGUAUGAACCACUUGGAAUUAGUCUGAACUUUGGAAGUGGUAACAAUAAGGGAAUUUUAAGUGGUGGUUACAGUCCUUUAGGAGUUAUAUCAUCCAUACUGUCACCGGUCUUUCGCAGACCAAGACUUAACUUAAACGGAAAAGUGAUGUUUGGCGUAAUGUUGGAAAAAGGAGUAAAAUUUGGGGAAAAUAAUAAGGCUCAUGUUGCUUAUGGCUGAUGACGGAAAUAUUUGAUAGAGUUAUUAAAUUUUCUAUGUGAUCUCAAAAUAAAAAGCUGCUUAAUUUAUUGAAAACCUGAAACUUCAUUUUCUGCCUUCAGAGAGCAAUUCUUGAGAUAUCAGUGCACACAGAAUAGAUGAUUUUAUUAGAGUUGUUGUAACUCAUAUGACAGUAAACGCUUGACAUAAGAUACUGAUUCAUGUAUGUUUUAUCUAUUAAAACAAAAUAUAAGCUUUGA